CCGCCGGUCCGGACCGGUCCAUCCUCUCCUCCUCCUCUCAUCCUCUCAUCCUCUCAUCCGCCGGUCUGGCUGGAGAUGCCUGGCUGAGGGGCUGCGGCAGAGCGCAGAACCAUCAACCCGGACUGGACCGGACCGGAGCGCAAAACCACCCCGGACUAGACCGGCUCCAGCUAGGGUCGGACCGGAGCGCAGCGCGUUGUGGCUCCGUGGAUUUACUUGUUGGAUUGCGUGAAACCCCCCGCGGAUUCCGUGAGAUGGACAGAAUAAAACAUAAUUUCUAGAGAGGAGGUUGGAGGUUCGGAGCCUCGGAGGUUCGGGAGGAGAGAUGCUCAGAGCCUGGAUACUCUUCUUUCUGGUAGAAGAGGGAUUCGCUCUGGCGCAGAGGACCAAAGACUCCCCGGGUGAUGCCGGCGUCCAGAGUCCCGCCCAGAAUGACUGCGGCACGUGGGUGCGGAACAUCAACGGGGGGGUGUUCAUGUCGCCCAACUACCCCAACACCUACCCGCCCAACAAGGAGUGCGUGUACAUCCUGGAAGCCCUCCCCCGGCAGAGGAUCCAGCUGGCCUUCGAUAAGAACUACUACAUCGAGCCGUCGUUCGAGUGCCGCUUCGACCACCUGGAGAUCCGCGACGGGCCCUUCGCCUUCUCGCCGCUCAUCGACCGCUUCUGCGGCGGCACCAACCCCGGCCUCGUCACGUCCACCGGCCGCUUCAUGUGGAUCAAGUUCACCAGCGACGAGGAGCUGGAGGGCCUCGGAUUCCGCAUCAAGUACACGUUUGUGGCAGACCCAGACUUCCACCUGCACGUGGGCGGACUGCUGAACCCCAUCCCAGACUGCCAGUUUGAGAUCGGCGGCUGGGAUGGGAUUAUUCGCUCCAGUCAGGUGGAAGAGGAGGAGCGUGUGAAGCCUGGCGAUGCUCUGGACUGUAUCUGGACCAUCAGGGCUCCUCCGCAGUCCAAGAUCUACCUGCGCUUCAUCGACUACCAGAUGGAGCACUCCAACGAGUGCAAGAAGAACUUUGUGGCCGUGUACGACGGCAGCAGCGCCAUCGAGAACCUGAAGGCCAAGUUCUGCAGCACGGUGGCCAACGACCUGAUGCUGGACCACGGCGUGGGCGUGGUGCGCAUGUGGGCCGACGAGAAGAGCCGGCUCAGCCGCUUCCGCAUGCUCUUCACCUCCUACGUGGACCCUCCAUGCACGGCCAACACGUUCUUCUGCCACAGCAACAUGUGCAUCAACAACACGCUGGUGUGCAACGGCGUGCAGAACUGCGUCUAUCCCUGGGAUGAGAACCACUGCAAAGAGACGAGAUCCCAGGGCCUUUUCCACCAGAUCACCAGGACCCACGGCACCGUGAUCGGCGUCUCGUCCGGCAUCGUCCUCGUCCUCCUCAUCAUCUCCAUCCUGGUCCAGAUGAAGCAGCCCAGGAAAAAGGUGGUGGCUCGGCGGCCGGGGGUUUUCAACAAGGCCGGGUUCCAGGAGGUGUUCGACCCGCCGCACUACGAGCUGUUCUCCCUCCGGGACAAGGAGAUCUCGUCGGAGCUGGCCGACCUGACGGAGGAGCUGGACAGCUUCCACAAGCUGCGGCGCUCGUCCACCAUGUCGCGCUGCGUCCACGAGCACCACUGCGGCUCGCAGGGCUCGCAGGGCUCGGUGGCCACGGCCAGCUGCACGGCCGGCACCGGCAGCAUGAAGCACAGCCGCACCACGCUCAGCUCCAUGGAGCUGUCCUACCACAACGACUUCUCCAAGCCGCCGCCCAUGAAGACCUUCAACUCCACGUCCAGCUACAAGAAGAGCUGCUACGGCUACAAGCAGCACCAGCACGAGUGCGACCAGCAGGUGAUCGAGGACCGCGUCACCGAGGAGAUCCCCUGCGAGCUGUACGGCCGCGGCGCCGUCGCCGUGGGCGGGGCCUCGGGCGGCGGGGGCGGGGCCUCGGGCAUCGCCGGGGGAACCCUCGGGGGGGCGGUGGGCAUCACCGGGGGCGUGGCCAUGGGCGGGGGCGUGGCCAUGGGCGGGGCCAUGAGCAUGGCCGGGCCCAGCGGCAUCGCCGGGGGCAUCGGCGGCGCCGGGAUGCCCGGGGCCUGUGGAACCCUCGGUAUCCGUGGCAACAGCUCUCGCAACAGCACCACCAUCGUUGACCCGCAGCAGCGCUCCAUGUCCAUGGACUUUUAAACCCAGAACUCUGCAUUUCAACUCUUUAAAUGACAGACAGCAGGAGGACGAUGUUUCUAUAUCAACGCUGCUGAUGUUUAAGAACUACUUCCUGUUCAAGAACUACUUCCUGUUGACCCCGAAGGUCUCGAGGAGGAAAACUGAGACUGAUUAUCACCGUCGUGACACGGAAGGACGGAGAGAGACUGAAACAUGCGAACACGUGUCUCUGGGACGGUCUGUUUAGUCUCUAUUAUGGAAGAGUAUCAGGGCCAUGAAGGAGAAAAAAUAUUUGAGAAGGGAAGAUUUUUUUUUAU